GUCAUUUUUGCUGAGCUCAUCGUGGUCGACGCGACUCUGGUGGACGUCGCCUCCGACGUCAGGCAGCAGACCGCCUGUCUUCAUACCACGACCAUUCUCAUACAUGGCGCCGGUAUUGCCAUCUUCGCUGAGCCCGCAUAUAUGCAUCAUACCCUCCGAUGAUCUCACCCAGCUUCUCCAAUCCUCCUCUCUGCCGCCUUUACCCGCAAUUCUCCAAUCUUUCUCUCCGUUACCACAAGUCACUACUCGAACAACAUCCUUAACAUCCGUACCGCACUCGUCAUUUGCCUUGCGUUUCUCGGACCUCUCAGAGAUAGAAACCGCAUGCAGAGAAGACGAAGAACAGAGAGCGGUUAGGACACUUGACUGGAUUGGUGAACGAAUAGGCCGUAGAUGUGCAAAAUGGGUUGAGGAUAUUCAGAAGCUUGGGGAGAAAGAUGCGUCGAGGACGCCGUGGUGGGACGAAGUACGGCGUUGUGUAGAAGGAAGCCACGUACCUUUACGAACGGAGACCUGGAACCAUCCAGUUGCAGUCAUUAUGGGAGUGUCAACCAAUGCACCUAAUCCCCUACAGGCAAUAACAGCCCUUCAUGCCAGACCUCUAGAGUUCCCGUCAUGGGUAGAUCCCAAUAUUCUCCGGUGUACUUUGAUUAUACAUCCUCAGAAUUCAGUUCUGUCAGAUGAAGAAGCUGGUGCUCUCUUCAAUGCCGUCAAGAAACAGUUUGGCCUACAUAGCUAUCUUCUGCCUCUUGCCUUGCCUGACCCACCGCCACCACCAGUUCCAGUGCCUGCGCUGGUACCCCGCGUGCCGCCCCUCACAUCUAAUGAUUCAACACAACCUGGGCCCACUGGACCUAAUGGUGAUGCAGAAUGUCCCAAUACGGAUGUUACCUUAAACACAUUGAGACUUGGAGAGACCGAUAUUCAACGAACCGCUAGAUUCACGCGUGAAUUUCUAGUUAUGAGCUUACUUCCGUGGAUGGAAAAGUGCGUGGUAGAAUGGAACGAGAAUUUUUCCUCAACACGACGGCUCCCAUCUCGUCUCUUCUCUUCAACGCGUCGCUUUUUUGGGUCUCCAUCACCGUCACCCGCUCCGACUCAUAAUCCGCACCAUUCAGUAUCCAGUAUCCGCUCUAACACAUUCGCGGGGUCGAUACCGAGUUCGGGACCCCCUCCCCUCCCUCAACAACGCCGCCUGGCCGAGUUUGCCACGAUAAUAGGAGAUUAUAAGCUAGCCGUAAGUGUAUGGGAAGCACUUCGCAAAGAAGGACAAGGCGGUUCUGAUAUUCUCCCUCUUUUACUGACUCCGUCACCUGCUAUCCCAUUACACGCUUCCACGGCUCUGAACAGCAUCCAUCCAUCAACACCUGACCCGCCUGCAAGUGCACAGCUGCGGGCCUUACUGUAUGCCGUCCGUUGGGAAGCUGGCAUUGGCCAUCAGGAUUUUUUGAGUGACACGCUCGAGGGCGAACGAUGGCUGGUCUGGGCCGCCGGAAACUCAGAGGAAGCACCUACAGCUUUAUUACUAGCUCAUGCUGCGUUAUUGACCACAGCUAAGGGGGCACGUAGACGGGCUGCGUUAUGGUAUGCGUCAGCUGCAAAUAGGCUUGAAAAAUGUGGAAUUAAGCCACUGACCAUGUAUUUUCUUCGGAAAGCCCAUGAGUUGUACAAAGUGCGGCGACCGAAAGAGCUCUCACCCUCUUUUUGGGACUCUGAAGGGAAAUCACCGUCUUCAACUGAGGGCCUGAACGCAAUGCUGUCAGUCAUUGAACACCCAUUAGGUCGACUGUUAUAUACUACUGGAGAUGUUUUAGAUGCUGUCAGGUUCUUCUUAGGACUUUUGCGGGGUACUUCUGCAACUUCAUCACAAUUGUCAGGAUUGGUGACAAAUGUGGAUGGAGAACCACAUGCACCGUCCACGGAUAAACUAUUUCUGGAUGACUUUAGAGUGGCUUUAGCUCAUUAUAUAUCAACACCGUCCGAUAAAAUGGCACUCAAAGACCUGAGUCUUCCUUUCAAUUUCUGUGUACCGAAGCAAUGCUUCGUUCGUCUGCCCCAUGUAAGCUCAGAUGAGAGUCAUUGGGAACAACGAGAAGAAGACUGGAUCAGAUUUCGUAAAGAGCAAGGGUCCCCAGAAGGUCUCGCCAAGGGAGGAUAUGCAGCAGUUGAUGAAACAUUUUGGAUCGACUUGGCUUUGCGGAACCCAUUAGACACCGAAGUCAACCUUUCGGAAGUCACAGUAGUUGUAGAGGAGUCGAAGAAGCAAGAGCCAUCCUCGUCUAAGCAAUUCGUUGACGUCCAGACCGUUGACGACGUGGUACUGGGACCUAAGGAGUCUAAGAUAGUCUCCGUGGCCAUCAAAGCACGGCGGCCUGCUUCUUUGGUCGUCACUCACGCGACCUACCGGUUCCUGUCCCUCCUCUUGACUACGGAGUCUCUCGCUUCUAGGGGCAAACGACUACACAAUACACCCGCGCAACGGCAAACUCCAGCGUAUGCCCCGGACGUUUUAAUCAAAGUUGAUGUUGCGGAGGCGAGCCAUAAGUUGUUGGCAAACUUUGUAGAUGAUCGACGGCUAGUGUUGGGACACGGUGAAACUAGACCUUUGGCCCUUUGGUUGUCGAACACGGGCACCUGGCCAAUCAACGAAGUGUGGGUAGUAGCUGGAGCGGAAGAUGAAAUCUGGGUGGGAGACGAGGAACGUCUAGUUGAUACACAUGCGUCUGAAUUGAGUGCGGAGACUCUGGACGUGGAUAACACUACGAUUCCGGCUCAGCCUCAGCAAGUAAAACUCGACUCACCACUACAACCUGGGACCUCAAUCGAGUUGUCAAUAGCUCUCCACGCCCAAGAUACGGGACAACAAGAGCUCUGUCUCCUUGUUGUCUAUCGUGGGUCUUCUGGCCGUUUUCGAUCGGUGCAGGUUACUCGAGAUUACGAGGUUCAACCUCUAUUGAGGAUAUCUUCCAUUACGAAUCCCUCAUCCAUGCCUGAUGAUCUAUUUUUGUUGAACUUGGAUAUCGAGAAUAUAUCGUCGUCAGCUCUACUACUAACACAAGUAACGACCAUGAGUCCGACAUGGGAGUGUAGAUCAAUCUCGCAGGAUCCUUUAGGUCUUGUACAGCCUUCCCAAGCGUCGCAUCUAUACUUGGGUGCCAAUCAUUGGAAGGAAGCGGCAGAUCCGCAAGAAUCAGUUAAAUUUAUCUCAAGAAAACUAUCAGACGUGCUUCAAGGUGCACCCUCCGAUCCUACAAAGCCUCUCCCUACCCGGUUGCAUUGUAACCACAUACAUAAGGCAUCCCGCCACCGGGCUGCCUUAGAAGUAGCUACGCGGCAUUUCAUUCACAGCGGCAGGCGCAAUUACGCGGCUAGAAAAAUUAAUCAGUCGCAUCCGCUCAUACCCUCGGAAAAUUAUUCCUCGAUUUUUCCGUUAUAUCAUCCAAACACUGUUGAUAUAGUGAUAUUUUGGGAGAUACCAGCUCAGCAUCCUGGGAUCAACAUUGGAGCGGGACACGCAGCGUUGAGAGAUAUUGUGGACCUGGCUGAGAAUACCAAGGCUACACGAAACAUGUAUGCUGAGACUCAGCGGGAGAAGGUGAAGAUGCUUCAAUCUGUGAAGGACAGCGAGUGGAAUUCAGAAAUGGAUCCUAUCGGUAAGUCUUGUCGCCUCCCCGUUACUUUCACCAUCAGAAACCAUUCGCUGACGCACAGAUCAAGUUUUGUGCUGAAACUGCUUACAGAGCAGCCCAUAGACGCGCCCACUGCGAGUGCCAUCCGGCCAUGUUACUCUGGCCGGCUAUCCUUCCGGGGAGUGCUGAACCCAACUGAGUUGAUUACAAUACACCCCAAGAUGUGGGUAUCACGACCCGGUCUGUACAGUCUGCAUGCAUGGCGCCUGGAGGUAGAGGUGCAUGAACUUGAUCAGGCUCCUGGGGACAAACCGCGGAUACGGCAUCAUUAUAUCCAGGAGUCCGAGCAGGUACACUAUUCUAACAUUAUUGUACGCGAUACUCGGGGAGUGUAAUCUUUGUUAUAUUACAACCACCAUAUAAUCCACCGUUCGCAUGAUACACAGGUAGUCUAGAGCUACUCGGAGUCGUCCUCAGAAGCCUUGGCUUUCUUGCUGGCUGCCAGCCGUUGUCUCUUGACCCUCGUGUUGAACACGGUCUGAAAGUUGUAAGUUAUAUUAGUUACGGUAGAUACUUGGAAUUGUGAAAGGCGUACACCGAGGACAAAUUGGAUCAAAUUGAAAAACGGCACCCAGAGCUGAGGAAGAGGUUAGAUCAUGAUAGCAUCCCUUUUGCAAGUUUCUUACGUGCUGGGGAACGUAUUUUUGAGCCACAAGCAUGGACAAGGGCGAGACAACCCAUGUAAU